AUGCGAAUUUGGAAGAGCUAUAGAAAUUACAAAAAUGACACUAACCCCGAAAAUUUCCGUUUCAACUUGGCAGAGCAAGGGCUUUUGGAAUCCCCAUCGUUGCCAUCGGAGCAUUUUCCUACCAUUAUCAGAAAAGAAACUGAUCUCCCACUACGUGGACAGAUCUGUCUUUCGACAACUGUGGGAAGACGAAAAGUGAGGUUUAUCCAAUUGGCGACUUACGUUCGGCAAAUAUUUUACGCACAGCCACUUCGUCGUUUUGUGCACGGAUUCUGCUUGUUCGACAAGGAAAUUGAAUUCUGGAUGAUAGAUCGAACAGGAGCAUAUAGCUCGGGCUAUAUUAGCAUUGAAAAUGAUGAGCAGGCCUUGGUUCGUGCAAUCUCCUCUUAUUUACUUAUGAGUGACAAAGAGUUGGGUCUCGAUAUAACAAUUCGCCAAGUCGACGGACGUUCCAUGAUUAAAAUUGUUGAAGAUGAGUCUGGAGAGACUAAAGAGAUUGAGAUUGACCCUAAGCCACUGAUCAAGACACGCAGACUGGUUUCACGUGGUACCACCUGCUAUAGAUCGGUUGACGAUAAAUACUUGGUCAAAUACUCGUGGCACGAGGAUAUAGGAGAAUCAGAAGCUGACUUACUGAAAGAAGCCCUCCCGCUCAAGGGUGUGGUCAAUUUGGUGGCAUCAGAUAUAAUUCAUAGCUAUACUGAUCAUUGGGAAAAUUUAAAAGCCUUGAGCCCUAGCAGAUGGCACCUAAGACCAAAAAAGCAAUUGUUAAAUGACUCCGACACUUCUGAUACCUUUCAUGAUACGGAAGAAAACAACGCAUACAUUCUACGUAGAUUCGUUCUUUCACCCUAUGGACGUCCCCUUCAAUCUUGUACAUCAGUAUUGCAAUUUCUUAUUGUCUUACGAGAUGCAAUACUGGCGCACAAGAGUCUGUUCAUUGAGAAACAAAUUAUCCAUAGCGAUAUCUCUGAUAGUAACAUCAUCAUAGUAACACCAACAGAAGAUGACAGAUCAAGAGGGAUGUUAAUAGACCUUGACCAUUCACUUGCGCUAUACGACAGUGAUCUACCAUACCUGAUACGACGUCCGGUAGGUACAAUAAAAUUCAUGGCGCUCGGAGCGUUGCAUGCCGCCACGACACCUAGAUAUAGAGGGCAUGAACCCUUUAAACGUAGCUAUGAUGAUGAUCUGGAAUCAUUUUUCUAUGUGUUCCUAACAGGAUGCGUAGAAUAUGGACGUGACCCGGAUCUUCCAAGAAUGGAUUUGGAAUCGUGGUGCAACAAUAAAAUAGAUGAAAACAUUGAGAACAAAAGAAUUGACGUUAAUGAAAAUUUCAAGGACUUGAUCAACAAAAGGUUUUCCAGCAGUUUUGUUGAUACCAUAGAGUUGGCCAAGGAGCUACAAGAAUUAGUGUUUGGAAUGAAUAGAAAGCCAAUUGAGUAUUUACACUACCAUGAUUUCUUAUACAAUGAAACGAUUAAAGCAUUUAAUAAAACUAUCGGACAGAUUGAAGCCGGGAAAAUCCCGAACAGAACGUGGUCUAAUAAGACCACUGUUGGCUUGUGA